AUGUCACAAAAAUGCCUAGUCUUCUUAGUGCUAACGGGAGGUGCUGCCUUGAGUCUGGUUACACCCAAUUGCGACAGUGUUUUCGGUUGUCUGUCUUAUCCGGCUCAAAUUUCUUGCUCGCCUCCAGACGAGUAUUGGUCCCCAGAGGCCAACCUCGGCGGUUGCUGUCCGGGCUGUGUUCGAGGACUCGCCGUAGGGUCAGUCUGCAAUGAGCCCCACUCUGCCCCACCACCAGGAAGUCUACCGUGCGCACCGGGAUUAGUGUGCGGUCACGGUAAUGUAUGCCGUUUGAAUGUCGGUGACUGUUUAUCGACGUUUCACGUCCCGCCCGAUAUCAACUGGGUUCCACAGUGCGAUAACCGUGGCCGAUACGCUCCGCGGCAAUGCCGCGGUGAUCGGCUUAAUGGACGGUGCUUCUGCUAUUCCGCUACCGGUGAGCGCAUUUUCGGCUGGGACUGGCGUAAUCGGGAGCAGAACAUGACCUGCGCUUGCAGUCGCCGACGUGCCGAGCUAGAGGCGGAAGGCCGUUUUGAUGUUACGCUACAUUGCACCCAGAACGGGAACUACGAGGAAUUGCAGUGCGAUCGGGGUGUCUGUUGGUGCGUAAAUCCACACACCGGUGUCCAACAAACGGGGACCCGGGCCGUUCCGGAAAACUCUUGGAGCCUGUUACCGUGCUAUAACGAAACAGUUUACGGGGCGCAGUAUCUGCGGCGUUGCGAAAGUGUGAUGUUUUCGCAAGUGCUCCAACGUAAGCAAUUCAUUACCCGUGGACACCACGGAGUAACGUUCACCAACAUUGCAUGUGACUACGAUGGCAGCUAUGGCCGAUACACCAUUGAAGGGCAAGAAGUUUUCUGCACGUGGCGCGACGGUUCAAAAAUAGUGCCCUAUAAAACGUCCCUCCAGAAAAUGGCUGCCAUCAAUUGCAACUGCGCACGCGACGAGAAGCUUUUCGCAGCGGCGGCCGAUCGACACCCAAUGGAGCUUGCCUGCGAAGCAAACGGCAACUACGUUCCAUUGCAGUUCCGGAACGCCGAGCACUUCUGUACGGAUCCGGAUGGGUUUACGGUGGCAGAGAAUGUUACCAGCGAGCAAACCUGUGACCAGUUCAUAUUUGGGGCGAUAGUUUAAAGUAUUGGAGCCAAAUAA